ACAGGUCACGUAAGAGAUGUCUCCAUAUUUGGAGUUCGUUUUACUCCAUACCCUCCUGUUUUCAAAGAUCACCGCUGGCUCUAACGUCUGCCGCUCCAGUUUCCCAGAUACCAAUCACGUUCUCACUGGUCACGUGAUACGGACUCUAAACCACAAGACUUUUGAGAGCUGCACAUUUUCUUGCGAAAUUGAGCCGAAGUGUUUCAGUAUCAACUUCAUGUCAUCGCGAGGAACCUGUCAACUCAACAGAGCAACCAAGGAUUCUUUCCCAAAAGAUGUUAUGAAACAGAAGAGAGCAGUUUAUUUGGACAUGGUGAUCCGCCAGUAUUACCAUGAUCGUGAUACUUGUGAAAGUAUGCCCUGUGAAAAUGGAGGCACAUGUGUCAUGGGUCCGACCUUGAAUUGCAAUUGUCUUGAUGGUUACACUGGGCGUCGCUGUCAAAGUAAGAAAUUGGAAAGCUAGCACCAAUAGUAGAGAAUGAAAUAGCAUAAAAACCAGGAAGAUUGUACAAAAUUCUCGAUCGUGAUUGGUCAGCAAUAGACGGACACAACGCGUUAUUUGCUGACGUUUUUAUGCGUCUGCUUUAUUUUCUCUUACGCGUCACAGCUGACUUAGAAAAAAGUCUCCUGUUAUAUUUUGACCGAUGAGACACGUUAUUUUCUUAGUAAAAAAUUUGAUACCUAUAUCUUCUUCCCAAAGCUUGCUUUAUCUCUAUGACGAACUAUAAAGACGAUGCUCGGCAAUGACACUUGCCAGGACUCAAGCCUAAAAUUUUGUUCCAUAUUCCUCGGUGUUUUCUUCAAAAAUCGUUUGAUUAGCAUAGGUUCUUACUUUUCAUGAUGUGUGAUGAUUAGAAAUCCACGUUGACGAAAACAAGUGUCUUCUUUUUCAACAGACCUACAAGCGCUAGGAAUGGAAAACAGAGACAUACCUAAUAAGAAUAUAGAGGGCUCUUCGUCCUUGAGCAAUUAUGAAGCAUGGAAAGGACGCUUAAAUGGAAAAUCUUGCCGGAGACCUGCACAAAACAUAGGUGGUGAAUACAUUACAGUAACGUUCGCGAGCAAAAAAACCGUAAUUGCCAUAGCAACACAAGGUAGCCCGGACGAUAAAUUUUGGGUUCAAAGCUUCACCUACCAGUACUUUGCUGAUGCUUCUCUAAAGGACCCUAAUAAGGUAAAAUCGACAAACAUCGAUCCCAUGCGUUAGAGUAGGCCUGAAAAGACUUUUUUGUCGGUGACGUUGAAACACGAACAUUUUAAAAUGAUGAUGAUAUUAUACUGUCAAUGUAUUGUAUGUUCACAGGAAUGCCAAGCUAACAAGAACAACACUUCAGUUGUUAUGUACAAGUUCUCACCAGCUCUCCAAAAUGUCGAGUGGAUCCGAAUUCAUCCACAAACUUGGCACAAGUAUAUGGCAUUGAGGCUGGAGGUGUACGGUUACUGAUCAUAAACAUUUCGAAAAAGAAGGUUCACAUUAAAGGCCAGUUUAGCCGAGUGCAUUGAAAGUUAGUAAUGGCAGGUUAUUUGCCACUCUACCGGCGCUUAGAGAGGCUGCAGUUUUCAUUAAACUGAGUGUCAUUAGAGAUGUGUUGUGUCGCUCUGACGUGGUUAACCAGUUAAAAAAGAAAAUUUAAAUUAAAACCAAUUACGAAGAUUCAGCUCUUGCGAUUUCCCACGCCACCGGCUGUUUGUUACUUAUCUUCACCUAUAGCCCCCAUCUGAUAUUUUUAUUUUCUCAGAUGGAACGCCGUUAAUGCUUUGGUUUUGGUUUUAGGACACUCAGUAGAGAUUAGCUUUAUUUUUCAGAUUAUUGUCGCUAUCCCACAGCCAAGAUUGUUUAAAACGUAGAACUCCGUAACCACCGAAAUAUCAGAAUGGAAAUGAUAAACUGAGUAUCAUGUUUUUAAACAGAUGGAAUUUAGCGCUCCCCGUGCGUAACUUAUGAAAUAUGUGAAAAAAAACUAAAAUAUCCUGCGGAUUUCUGCUUGGUCAUUGUGCGUCCCUCUAAUCUUAGAAGACACUGGAACAAAUAAUUAAAAUGUAAAAUUGGAAUGGCGAAAUGCGUCAGCAGACAAGGCUUAUUCCUAUGGAAAGUUCCGAAUGUUAAAUAAACUUACAUACAUACAUACACUUUAUUGAGCAUCCC